AUGUCGACCUUACCAGAAGCCAAGCUCGCGGCAGAAGCCGAAAUUGCAUACCAGGUUAUCCUGAUGAGCACAGACUAUGAUUGCUGGCACGAUGUCCACGGCGACGUUUCCGUCGAGAUGGUCAUGGGCCACAUGCGCGCCAACGCCGUCAACGCCCGCCGCUUCAUCGCCGCUGUGCUGGACGAGCUCUCCAAAGAAGAACAUGACGACCUCGUCCAAGCUACGCAUCUUGCCGGGGCGAGGAAGUUCGGCGUCAGCACGUAUCCCGAGGGACGGGGAGAGAAAGCACUCGAGAAGCUGAGGUGGUUGUUCGAGGGCUAUUUCUGA